UAAGAAACUUGGUCGCGGAGAGGACGUGCGGCGCCCAUGGAGGGAGCGAAGCAGCUGCACGCGCGCUUGCUCCGCCGCGGCACGCGCCGCCUACAGCCGCUGCUCCUCCGCGUUCUCGCCGCCGGCGACCUCCGCUACGCCGCGCUCCUGCUCGAGUCCUACCCGUCGUCUUCUCCCCCCUCCGCGCUGCUCCACAAUCGCCUCCUCCACGCGCUCGCCUCCCUCCGCCACCCGCUCCUGCUCCCCUUCUUCUCCCGCGCCCACCGCCUCCGCCUCCUCACCCCGCUCUCCUUCACUCUCCUCUUCUCCUCCUCCGCUGCCUCGUCCUUUUCCGUACCGUUCGCUGUCAGCUCCCACGGCUUGCUGAUCAAGUCCGGGAACUUCGCGUCCGGCGGCGACCCGUUCCUCGCCUCCGCGCUCGUCUCCUUCUACGCCAAGAACCGCCUCCUGCAUGAUGCCAGGCGGGUGUUCGACGAAAUGCCGCGCAGGGACGCGGCCGUGUACAACGCGCUGCUCUCCGCUUACACUAGGGGCGGGCUCAUCGACGCCGCCGAGAAGCUGUUCGAGGAAAUGCCUGAGAAGAAUGUGGUUUCUUGGACUGCGAUGGUGUCCGGUUAUGCACAGAAUGGGAGGCAUGAGCAGGCGGUAGAGACGUUCUUGGAGAUGUGGGAGAGGGCAGAGGUGCAGCCGAAUGAGCUGACAGUCAGCAGUGUGCUGCCUGCGUGCGCGGCUGUUGGAGCGAUGGAUCUGGGGAGGAAGGUGGAGAAGUAUGCAAAGAGUAAAGGCCUUCUGGAAAAUUUGUUUGUGGCGAAUGCAUUGGUUGAGAUGUACGCCAAGUGUGGCAGCAUUCAGCAAGCCUGGGAGGUGUUUCAGGGGAUUGGUCUGCGGCGGGAUCUUUGUUCUUGGAACUCAAUGAUCAUGGCAUUUGCGGUGCAUGGACUCUGGAGGGAGGCCCUUGGCUUGUUUCAUAAGUUGAGGAUGACAGGGAUUAAACCAGAUGGUAUUACAUUUGUUGGAGUCAUUUUGGCAUGUACUCAUGGAGGCUUGGUGGAUGAAGGCAAGCUGCUCUUCAACUCGAUGAGAGCAGAGUUUGGUCUUAACCCAAGAAUUGAGCACUACGGUUGCAUGGUUGAUCUGCUUGGGCGUGCUGGGCUCUUGAAAGAAGCUGAUAGUUUGAUAGCAAGUAUGCCAGUGGAGCCUGAUGCUGUAAUCUGGGGAGCGUUGCUCGGUGCUUGCAGCUUCCAUGGAAAUGUAGAACUAGCUGAAAUAGCAGUGGACAAACUCAUGUGCCUUGAGCCAGAAAACACGGCAAACCUAGUGAUCCUUUCGAACAUAUACGCAUCAUGUGGCAAAUGGGAUGGUGUUGCCCGGGUCUGGAAGUUGCUGAAGGAAAAAGACCACAAGAAAUCAGCUGGGUCUAGCUUCAUCGAGUUAGAUGGCAGGAUGCAUAAGUUCCUGGUUGAGGAUAAGUCACACCCAAGAUUUGAGGAGGUAUACAAAACCCUUGAUAGUGUCACACUGACCAUGAAGCUUGCCAACUUGGAAAAUCCGGACGAAGUCGAAGUGGAAGGUUGAUUUUUCUAUCAUCACCUGCUGUAGCAUGUAAGCCACUUAGAUGGAACUGAGAUGAAGCCACCGGGGAUUUCUCGUUAACUUCUUGCUCUGGUCGUCCAUGUCAAAUUAAAAUGCAAAGGGAUGCGUCAAGGUGGCAACAAAAGGUGAAAUAUGAAAACAAUGCAUAGCUCCACCUGAAUAUCAACAAACUUUUCCUACAUAUCAAAAUGGCUGUGCUUGACACACAGAGACAAUGAGGCAGAUUGCAGGCAAAGCAUUAAAUUGCAGGAUGUACCCUGACCCUGAGAAGCUGGUCAUCACAUGUAAGAGGCUAGCGAAAGCCCUCAGGCAAUGGUAUUCUGCGCAAGAUUGUGGAUGUAUGAUGCAGGAAUGGCAUCCGUUAUCUUUCCAUUGUGCUCGCCUGGUUUCCCUGUGUAUCCGCAUCUCAGCUGUGCUCUGGAGAUAUCCCUUAUAUUGGCUGGACGCAAGUCAAAUAUGAAAUAGUAGACAUGAGAAGCCUCAUUUGCCCUCCGCUUUCUCUAGAAAAGGAAAUUUCCAUCCUCAUCUAUAGUGAAUACUUUGUUGUACUUCAUUGGAUUUAGUGGGUUACUUACUUGGUUCCCUUAUCGUAAUAUACAUCAACACAAUAAUAGACUAUAUAAUAAUUCUUUGAGACAAA